UCCAUUGCCAGUAUGCAAAGAUGGAUGGAAGAAUGCGAGACGACCCAUGACAGAUGCACAAAUCAACACAAGCAUGAGCCCUCUCGAUUUAACCGCGCAAAGAGAUUUCUUCAUUUGGAAGGAAGAUCAAUAACACUACUGGAGGACAUCCCGGUGGAGCGCUAUGCCUGUUUGAGCCAUUGCUGGGGCACCAGCAAGCCCAUCAAAACGACGACGAAAAAUCUCGAUAGCCACAGGGUUGAAAUACCCUGGGACGAUCUUAGUGCAACCUUCCAAGACGCGGUUGACAUAUGUAGCGCUUUGGACAUUUCCUAUCUCUGGAUUGACUCAUUGUGCAUUAUUCAAGAUAGCACAGACGACUGGUGCACCGAGGUUCCCAAGAUGGCUGAUAUCUACGAGAAUGCAUGCGUUACUAUUGCAGCAACAAAGUCUGAGGACGGUACUGGAGGCUGCUUCUCAUCGACUGCAGCAAAGUACAUGUCAAAACUCGUGCCUGGAUACAAGGAUACGUAUGUUCGCCAAAGUCCACUCUUCAAUCGCGCAUGGAUCUAUCAGGAAAUGCGAUUGUCCAAACGCGUGUUGCACUUUUGCGCUCAAGAAGUAAUCUGGGUAUGCCGCACUUGUCAGCAAAGCGAAAGCGGGGAAAACGAUAGAGACCUUGUCAACCCUCCGGUUGGAAUGAAGAAUGAUCACCACGUCUCUUAUGCUAGCCUCGAAGCAAAUCCAACAAGACUCUGGCAUCGAAUGAUUGCAGAGUACAGCAGGCUUCAGCUCAGUUUCAAACGAGACAAGAUGGCUGCCCUUGCUGGCUUAGCUCAGCGUAUGGCAAGGCUACGAUCAGAUGACCGAUAUCUGACUGGAUCAUGGGAGGGGUCCCUGCUAUUAGACCUUCUUUGGGAGAGGAGUUUGGAGGCGACUUUGGACACGCAAAAAUUAGAUUGCUAUCCGUCUUGGUCAUGGCCAUCAUUUGACGGACAGGUUCAU